AUGUAUUAUUAUCAUCACCCCCUGCUGUACAUCUUUAUCCUUCUGCAUACGCUCGUUGCCCCCGGAGUCGCUCUGAUCCAUGAUGACUCCUUUCAGCCUGACUAUGUCCUCAGAAUAACGGCCCAGAACUACUCCCUAGCAUGCAUCGAGCGGUAUUCUGUCUUGGUGAAUGGAACCUCCCCAGGACCCGAAUUGCGGCUCCGUGAAGGGAAGGUCUCCUGGAUCAGGGUCUACAAUGAUAUGACUGAUAACAAUUUCACAAUGCACUGGCAUGGCUUGACUGCCUUCACUGCGCCCUUCUCAGACGGCACUCCACUGAGCAGCCAGUGGCCUAUUGCUCCAGGUUACUUCUUCGACUAUGAAGUGCGUCCGGAUAUUGGAUCUGCAGGAAGCUAUUUCUACCACUCGCAUGUCGGAUUCCAGGCUGUUUCUGCAUCUGGUCCAUUGAUCGUGGAAGACAACGAAGGCUCACCGUAUGAGUAUGACGAGGAGCGCACGAUCUAUCUAUCUGAUCUGUUCAUGAAAACCGACUCCCAAGUCCAGGCGGGUCUUGUCUCGCCCAACUUUACCUGGAGUGGCGAGACGACGGACGUCUUGGUGAACGGGAAGGGUCGGCUGGCUUCCAAUGCGACGGGGUCAUGCAGACUUGAGACUAUCCGUGUGGAAAGUGGGAAGACGUACAGACUGAGGGUCAUCGGAGCGACUGCGCUGUCCUUCGUUUGGCUGGGUAUCCAAGGCCACAACGUCUCUAUAAUUGAGGCAGACGGACACUACACGAAACCUCUUGAGACGAGCUUCCUGCAGGUUCACGGUGGGCAGCGAUAUAGCGUUCUUCUCAGGACAAAAUCAGUGAACGAGCUUCGGAGCAGCGGAAAGCAGCAUUUUUAUAUUCAACUUACGACCCUGGAACGACCGGCAGUCCUGACGACAUUUGCAUUAUUGUCAUAUUCAGAACCACCAGCGAAUCUGACUGAGAUUGUACCUUCGCAUCCACCUCUCCCUGUUGCGAAAGUUACGAAUGGUUGGCUGGAUUAUCAGCUCCAACCUCUGUUUCCUCAGGUCGACUUCCCAACUCUGGAUGAGGUGACUCGGAGGAUCACGAUUACAGUUCACCAGAACUUCAGUACACAAACCCAGUGGCUUCAAAAUGGAUAUCCCUGGACGUCGAAUCUACGCCAAUCACCGUACCUCGUCGAUAUAUACGAAAACAGGCUGGAUACAGAAGCCGUGUACCAGAGAGCCAUCGCGAGCGGUAACGGGUUCGACAAUGUGACACGCGCAUUUUCUGCAAGGUUGGGAGAGGUUCUUGAGAUUGUGUGGCAGAAUGUAGGGUCAUUCCCGACUGGCGGGCUGGAUGCCCAUCCUCUUCAUGCCCACGGUAAGCAUUACUAUGAUAUUGGCGGAGGGGAUGGAGAAUAUGACCCCGUUGCCAAUGAAGAGCGCCUGCGGAACAGCCAACCAACGCCUCGUGAUACCACUGUUCUCUACAGAUACCGAGCCAAGACUGAACCUCUUGCAUUUUCUGGAUGGAGGGCGUGGAGACUGCGUGUCACCAACGCUGGCGUGUGGAUGAUGCAUUGUCAUGCUCUUCAACAUAUGAUCCAGGGCAUGCAGACUGUUUGGAUCAUGGGCCACCGAGACGACAUUCUCGCUCAGUCGGGACCUGUCGACAGUGGUUACUUGACAUACGGAGGGUCGGCAUACGGGAACAAGACUCACUGGCCAAAUGUCAGCCAUUAUUUUGGCGAACUGCGUUGUAGACGGGGAUCCUCAGAUCGAGAUUGCACUUAGGUUGCUCUCACGAACGGAGGCGUGAACUGUACAUAUAUUCUUAAACUGUAUAUUUGAAUUGAUCCAGUAACUAACUCCCAGCUCUUUCUU